AUGGGAGCCUCAGAAGAGGACGCUGUCCUGCGCCAGAUCCUCGCUGUGACACUCAACCCAGAUAAUGCAAAGGGCAGCGUAGGUGACGCGCCGAUCGUGUAUCUUGAGGCACUGGCAAAGGAGCUUUCCGAGGAGGCGCCGGGCAGCGGGCCCCCGCUGAUGACCCACGCGACGCUGGACCGCGUCAUCGUGUCUCGCCUCAUCGAAUCCCCGCCCAGCAGCUACCCCCAGCCGCCGCUGCACUACCUCCUCGGAUGCUACGCGCGCGCGACCGACCAGCUGCGCGCCGCGGCGGCGGCGGCGCGGCUGGACGUGGAUGCGAAGCAGCGGCUGCAGGCGCUCGUGCUGGAGGCGCGGGCGCAGGUGGUGCAGUAUGCAUGCCUGCUGCUGUCGGCCAGCGGCGUCGUGCCGGAGGUGGGUGUCUUGCCAUGCUGGCAGGCAGCGAUGGGGGUGGUGCUGGUGGUGGCGGCGGCGGCCGCAGCGGCGGCGGUAAUGGUGGUCGUUGUGGCGGGCCCGGCUGCCGCCGAGCGCGGCGCGCGCCAGCUGGCGGACGCCCUCCUGGUCGCGCACGGCGCGCGCGCCGAGGGCGGCGCGGUGGCGCUGCCGCACGGCUUCCUGGAGGAGCUGGCCGCAAAGUGCGACGGCCUGGAGGCUGUCUUGAGGCCCGUGGCGAGCGAGCUGGCGGCGAGGGUGCAGGCGUGCUCCCCGCUGGGCGACUACGCCGCCCCCCUGGCCGCGGUCAGGCAGCUGGUUUCGGUGGAGCCCAUAGCCCAGGCGCUGGUGGCGCUGCCGACGUUUCUGCCGGACCUGAAGGCCUACUCUGGCCGCGCCCUGCAGCUGUCCGGCAGCAGCUGGCUGGGCCCCUGCUUCAGCGUCAGCGUGCUGCCGGACCAGCUCAUAAAGCAGCAGCCCAGCAUCCUGACAGAGUGCUUCGCAAACCCGGAGCAGCGGCGGCAGAGCGACCUCGUGCGCGCGAUGGCCAGCCUGCGGCUGACGUCCAAGCACAUCGUCGGGGAGCUGCACGCGCUGGUCAAGGCGCUGCUGGGGAAGGGCACGCGCGAGGCCGCGCUGACGUGGCUGGCCGGCGCCCUGGAGGGCAACGCGGAGCGCGGGAAGAUGCGGCCCAACAUCCAGGCGGCGGCGAGCGACGGGCUGUUCAGCAACCUCGGCUGCGUCAUGCUGCAGCUGUGCGCGCCGUUCUUGGACCCUGCGGCGCCGCUGUUCUGGAAGCGGGUGGACGUGCGGUACAUACACCAGGGGCGUCUGUCCUUCGCAGAGGACACCAAGCUGGCGGCCAGCGCUGACGAGGAGAAGCAGUGGCUCCAGAAGCAGCAGGAGCAGCAGGAGCAGCAGCACCAGCAGCGGCCAGAGUUCCAUUUCGUCUGCGAGUCGUUCUUCAUGGCGCUCAAGACGCUGCACUUGGGGCUGGUGCGGCUCAUAGACAGGUGA